GAUGGAUAGUCAGAUUAAGCACGCUGUGGUGGUCAAGGUUAUGGGCAGGACUGGGUCGAGGGGGCAGGUGACCCAGGUGAGAGUCAAGUUCCUCGACGACCAGAACCGGUUCAUCAUGAGGAACGUGAAGGGACCCGUCAGAGAAGGCGAUAUUCUCACUCUGCUCGAGUCUGAGAGAGAAGCAAGGAGGCUCCGCUGAUACUUUCUUUGAGUUUUGUUGCAAUGAUGGUUUGUGUUACAUAAGAUGAACUACUGCUAGAAUCGUUGAAGGAUGUUUCUCAUUUCGUGCUUUUCUGAAUCUAGACUACAAUUUUGUUGGUGAAUUAUCUAUGAUUAGAACUUGAUCAAGUUGCAAUUAUGUGAGACAUAGCUUAUUUUAAUACCAAGUGUGUUCUGGGAAUUUGCUAGGCAAUUUCUUGUUUCAA